AUGGCGAGUAGGGGACAAACUUCCCAUCCCCCGCUUACUCAUCCCCCUCCUCCUUCUUGGGCUCAGAUGAAGAAGUAUCUGAUGGAAAAAUGGGUGAUGAUUCAUGAUCUUCAAAUUUUGGACCUUCCUAAUGGAUUUCUGUUAAUCCGAUGUGCCUCCCAUGAUGAUUUGCAACAUCUUCUCACUGAGGGGCCGUGGACUCUUAAUGGUUUAACCCUUCAGUUGACCCCCUGGCAACCAUUCUUUGAGCCGGUGUUUGCCAAACUCUCCAUAGCUGCUGUUUGGGUGCAACUGCAUAACCUGCUGGCUGAACUGUGGGAUGGCGAAUCCCUUGACACUAUCACUGCUCACUUGGGUAAUCUUUUGAAAGUCGAUGAGCUUACUAUAUCUUUAUCUAGAUCUAAGUUCACCAGGGUCGGCGACGAUACUCAUCGGUUGUUUGUUGUGGUUCUGUAUAAGAGGCUGCCUAUGUUCUGUUACACUUGUGGGAUCAUCGGUCACGGAACCAAUUCUUGUUCCCAUGCGACAAUAACCGGGGAGGAUCAGACUUCUCCACCUCUCCGUGUUCCAUGGAGACCGGCGGUACGUCCAAUUCAGACUGAGGAUGUUGCUGCUAUGAGAAUGGAGAUGGAUUCCACUGUUGUUGAUCCCCAAGAAUUGAUUAAUCCUAUUAAUUCUACUCCAGAUCCUGAGUUCGGUUCUUGGAUGCUAGUCUCUCGUUGGCGCGGUCAUGCCCGGGGCCGUGGAGCUGUCCCUCGCCCUGAUCCGGCAUCCGUUGGUGCUACAGACGAGGAGAACAGUGUUCUUUCCAUUCCCAAGGCGUUCUAUCCUGAGGUACUUGGGUAG